AUGGCGGCCGUGCAAGAGGAGACCUUGCUCUCGCGCUGCGAAAUACCUAUCAUCGAUUUGGCACACAUAGGUACGGAUGUUUGUCCCAUGAAAUCAGUGGUAAGACGCAUCGGACAGCAGUUAUUUGCAGCUCUUAAUAGCAAAGGCCUCGCCAUGCUUGUCAAUCAUGGCAUCGCUGACGAAAAGCUGAAAGCGGUAUAUGCGGAUCUGGACAACUUUUGCGCGUUGCCCGAAGGCUGCCAGGCGCAGUACCUUCGAAACCCAGUGAGCAACCACGGCUAUGUGAAGCCAGGCAUGGAUCAAUUUGACAGCACUAAAAAGGAGUUACGCCAUUCAUUCAACAUCACGUCGCUGGCGGCGGCUUCGAUGCCCGCUCAGGAGGUGCCGGAGUUCACGCAGCACGCCGUGCCGCUCGCGCACGACCUCACCAACCUCUCCCGCGUCCUGCUACAGGCUUUAGCUUAUGCUUUCGGUCUUCCCCCCGCGACGCUACUGGCGUGCCACGCGGGCAUGCUCGGCGGCGUGGGCAACGCGUCCAGCAUGCGCAUCUUGUACUACCCGCCCGUGCCGCCCGACGACGAGCGGCCGGCCGAACGCGGGCUCGCCUACACGCGCUGCGGCGCGCACUCCGACAGCUGCACCUUCACGCUCGUCGCGCAGGACUCGGAAGGGGGACUCGAGGUGAAACUGAAUGGUAGUGAAAAGUGGCAAGCUGUUGGGCAUCUUCCAGGAGCGAUCCUCGUUCAGACUGGAGAACUUCUUGCAUCUUGGACCACUAAUUUGCUGCCAGCACUUAUGCACCGAGUGGUAGUUCCCUCCGGCACGUACGCGCGCGCGCGAGGGCGCCACUGCGUCGCUUUCUUCUGUCACCCGGACAACGACGCGGUGAUUCCCGCUCUAUCCCGCGUGGCUCCCGCGCCCGCGCCACCCGCCUUCACUCCGCACCCGCAUAUUACUUUCCACCACCGUCUGCUAAACGCGGCCCAUCAUAUACAAAAACGUUUUAGAGAAACGUACGCG